CAUCCUCCCUUCUCUUCCUCUCUCUAUAAGUGCUAAGCUCCAUCCUUUCCCCUUAAAACAUUUCACCAGUCAGAGGACAAGGCGAACCAGGGACGCCAGCAGCUGGAAGACCAGUCAAACGGAAAUAUCUGGUGUCAUCAUCCCUCCCUCAUUCCAACAUUUCUGUCCAUCUUUUCCCUCUCGUACCCUUUCUCCUUCUCCUCCUCCCUCUCUCUUUCUCUCUCUCUCUCUCUCUCUCUGCCUCUCCCCACUUGCGCCUGAGUGUGGCAUCGAUGUGAGAUGGGCUGUGGGAAUUCCUCGGCCACCAGCACCUCUGAAGGGGGUCCCGCGGAAGCUUCCAAAGACAUGACAGAAGAAUCCUCCCAAGACGAUGAAAAAAGAAGGAACUAUGGCGGAGUUUAUGUUGGGCUGCCUACUGAAAUGAGUACAGUUGCUGCCAGCCAGUCCAAGUCCUCAUCUCAAGAUUAACAGUGGAAGAGGGAAAAUGGAGACAUUUAACAGCAUACUUCAAAGCUGAGGAAACUUCUAGAAAAACGUUUUCGGAGAAGUCCGUAGAUAGAUUCAAGACGAAUCGCCAAGAUAAAUGACCCUGUGAAAUGAGCACUCGUGAAUGUAUAAACAGGCCGGUACAGACUGCGGCUCACGGCAGUCAUGUGACUUCCUGUGAAGGAAAGGGCUGUUUUUAAGGGCAGCACACAGGGUCUGCCCAGCAAUACGCAGUAGCCAAUCAUAUUGCUGAUUCAGCAUCGCCCAAGGCUGUGUAGAAAUAGCACUUCAGUGAAAACCAGCAUCCCACUUUCUCUUUCUGCUCCAGUCCCUGGCCGGCCUCCAGCUCCUGCCUCCGACAGGCCUGUGUUUCUCCAGCCAUUUGUUCGUUUCUUUCUGAUCGUUUGGUUGAGUCUGGUUCUGUCUGAGAUGCCGUAACCCUGGGGUCACAAGUAGAUGAUUGAAUUUGUCUGGGAUAAAGGUUUGGAUCAGGAGAAAAAGGGCCCUAACAGGAAAGAGCCCUAUGCACAAAUGAUCUCCUCCGUGAUCAAGAGGUCGUCUCAUACGAUUUUCCCUCUUUGGCUCUGCUGUCCUGAUGGCAUUAUUCACACGCUCUGAAGCACCAUCAGAUUUAGGAUCAAUUCUGAUGGACCUCACUGUAUGAAGAAAACUUGGGUGAGGAAUGUGCUUCAAAAUGACAGACACUGACACCUAACGCCUCAGAGAAGAACUACAACUAUUGGAACCGUUUGAGGAGGUUUUCAAAAACCAAAGGGGGCAUCACACAGCGGGUCCUCACAGUUUUUCCGGUUUGAUGCAAAGGAAAUGCAGAAGUAAGUGCAGAAGAAACCAUUGAAUAAUUAACAGACAUUUGAAGUUGUUGGAAGAGCCUUCAAGGACCAUCCAGAUCCACGUGUGCUGAGUGUCGAAGCCGGCUAUUUGGAUGCUGUCUUUCUGAAAAAGCUGAAGACAUCCCUUUAGCUUGAACAAAUAAAAUGUUACCCCCCCCCCCCCUUCAGGAAUGAUCGAAGCCUACGUGACCCCCUGGACAAACUUCACUGUUGGUACUCCCCAUCCGAAACAAAGUGAAAUUUCCUUGCUAAGUCGACGCCCCCUCAGAUGUAACCCUUGGCCGAGGCUGCCUUUGUUGCCUAAUGAGUUGACUAGUACAGCCCCCACCCCAUUCUCGCAUGUGAUAAUGAUACCUUUGGCUCUGAGCACUUUUCGUUAUCAGCUAAGGCUUCUAGCAACCAACCUUCAGCUAAAGGAACACUUUUGAGAACUUUGCAGCAAGACUGUAGCUUUGGACCCAGCACUGGUAGGGACCAGAGGCCUGUAUUACGAAGUGAAGUUACUGGCCUAUCAGGGUAACUCAUCAGAUUAAAGGUAGCCUGGGCAAAAUGUAAGUGAACCAAUAUGAAGUCCAUUUAAACUGUGGUACCUUAAACCCAAGUUACCCCGAUAAGCCAGUAAUCCCGCUUCGUGGUACAGGCCACUGAUCAGCCCUGACCCCCCUCCUCCCUAAACACACACGGUUCCCACAACAUUGGUAGGGACACCCUUCCCUGGUCCCUACUGUCCAUACCCAAAUCUACACUUCUGCCUUGCAGUAAACACAGGCCUGAUCUGCCCUCCCACGUGAAGGAUUUACAGCUGUAAUACACUCUCAGGCCUCUGGUUAUCAUCCAUUAUCAUUUACAGCAAAAUGUCCACCAUGAUUCCACCAUGCGGCACAGAGAAAUGCAACUUGUUUAUCUUUCACCAGGUUUGAUAUUCCGGUAUUAUAUUAGGUUAUAAUAAUAUAGGGCAUAAAGACAUGUAUCCAGUCACUUUCAUAUUUGGUGUUGGUUAAUGAUGACCAAAGGAAGCCUCAUGAAUCAUUUCUUGUAUUUUCUGAUCCCACUAGAUGGUGCUGUUGCUUUGCUUUGCGGCAGGCUUUAUGCCCUUUUUUGAACAGAGAGCACCAUCUAGUGGGUCAUAAAAUACAGCAAAUGGUUCAUGGGGAUUCAUUUGUCCACCACUAGUGUUGAUGUUAGUUUUGCUCUGUUUACAGUGCCACUUGAGGCUAUUAGACUAUUUAGAAGGCACACAGAGCUGUGGAUUUUAAACCGUCAUUAGCUAAUGAUUUUCGUUUCACUGUCACUUUCACUUUCCAGGGGUUCCUGUAGUCGUCGGUGAUGUUAUAACCUCGUGGACCAUAACACCGAACUGUAAUAAUGAGCCAUGCCAGAAUGCCAAUAUAUGAAUAAUAAGGAUUUUAUACUGACA